ACAUUUGAUGUCUCUCUAAUAUGUGAUCCUAAGCUUGUUGUUGCUGAAGUACCAAUAUUUAGAUCAUCGCUCAGUUGACUGCAGAGAUGUACGUAUCUAUUUCACUUUCCAUGCUCAAAUUGCAAACGGAUGUUGGAGUAUGACUCAUCAAUUAAGAUGAACCUAUCCAGUCUUUUCCGCAAUGGCCUGUUGUGCAUUAACAUUGGGUUUGACUUGGUAUCGGAAGUCCAUCCUUUCUCUUCAAGUCUCAGCUCACUCCAAGCAUCAAGCCAACCAUCGUGCAGAGGGAAAGGGCCAUCUAACUAUUAAUCUGAGUUCAUAUCACCACCAAAUAUAACAUUGGGUGCAUUUGAUAGAAGAUUAAGAGCCAUUUUAGUCUGUGUUAGACCCUCCAUACUGUGCAUAAUUGGUGGUAUUGGGCUCUCCAGAUGGCUAGUUGCAAGUUGCAACUGUUAGAUUCUGACCCAUGCCAAAUCAAUCUCAGCUGCUCAAAGCUCUCUUCCCAUGGAGGAGUUUGGAAAGCGACCACAGUAGAACCUUUUGCCAGAAGCUUUAAGACUUGCAGGAGUUGGUGAUACCUACAUCUGGAAGAUGUUGCAGUAUCAGGCGCCUAAUUGCUUUCAUUCUCUCAUGCAGUUCCAGUUCUUCAUUGAACCAGACAUUAUGAUGCCAGAACUGUUGUUCAAGAAGUCAAAAAGACCAGCUUGGUCUCUAAGAAGCAGCAGCAGCAGCAGCAGCAAAGUCUGAAAGCAUCUUUGCCAGAUGGCACUACUCGCAAGGAAGGAUUCCAUUUGUCAGGUGAAAGCAUUCUGGGAAUUCGGUGGGUUUUCCUCCAAGAAGCAUCAGCCGCUGACAGCUCAUAUCAGAGUGACGACUCCAUUGACAGACGGAUAGCACUUUCCUCUCCCUUCUCUCUCGUUGUCUCUGCUGCAUCUAUAUCAUGGUCAUGGAUCGAGAGUUGGGCUGCAUGCGGUUCUCUUCUCUCCUCACUCACCUCCUUUCUGUGCAGCAGUCAGAAGGAGCCGUUCCUGCAGCAGCAUCCUAUUGCUAGUUUUGAGGAUGGGAAAGAGUCGCCUCUUGGCCUCUUUCCUCUCUCUGCUGCUGUUGCUGCCUUCUUGCGUGCUGGGGGACAGCCCAUACAGGUUCUUCACUUGGAACGUGACCUAUGGCGAUAUCUAUCCUCUCGGCGUCAAGCAACAGGGGAUUUUGAUCAAUGGGCAGUUCCCGGGGCCACAGAUCGAGGCCGUCACCAACGAUAACCUCAUCGUCAAUGUAUUCAACAGCUUGCCGGAGCCCUUCCUCUUUUCCUGGAACGGAAUACAACAAAGGAGAAGCUCGUGGCAAGAUGGUGUUUAUGGCACCAACUGCCCCAUCCCCCCCGGUGGGAACUUUACGUACACCAUGCAAGUGAAGGACCAGAUCGGGAGCUACUUCUACUUCCCCUCGCUGGCCUUCCACAAGGCUGCCGGUGGAUAUGGUGGCAUCAGAGUUCUAAGCCGCCCAUUAAUCCCAGUGCCUUUUGCACCUCCGGCCGCCGAUUACACUGUCUUGGUUGGCGACUGGUACAAGGCUAACCACACUGACCUGAGAAACAUAUUGGACGGUGGCAAAGAUCUUCCCUUCCCUGAUGGUCUUCUAAUUAAUGGCCAAGGAUCGAAUGGAAGCGCAUUUACUGUCGAUCAAGGUAAGACGUAUAGGUUUCGAGUAUCGAACGUGGGGGUGGCAACAUCACUGAACAUAAGGAUUCAAGGGCAUGCAUUGCUGUUGGUGGAGGUGGAAGGAUCUCACGCCCUCCAAAACACAUAUUCUUCGCUCGACAUCCACCUCGGCCAGUCUUACUCCUUCCUCGUCACGGCUGAUCAGCCACCCAUGGACUACUACAUCGUCGUUUCGACGCGAUUCACCACCACCGUGCUCUCCACCACCGCCAUCCUCCAUUACAGCUACUCCGACGGGAAGCGGGUCGAGCCACCGCCGGGCGGGCCGACUACUGACAUCGAAUGGUCCCUCAACCAGGCGAGAUCGAUCAGGUGGAACCUGACAGCCAGUGGACCGAGACCCAAUCCCCAAGGCUCUUAUCACUACGGCUAUGUGAACGUCACAAGGACCAUCAGGCUUGCCAACUCUGCACCGGUCAUCAACGGCAAGCAGAGAUAUGCCGUCAACAGUCUCUCCUUCAUUCCAGCUGAUACGCCCCUUAAGCUAGCGGACUUCUACAACAUCUCCGGAGUGUUUGAACUCGGAAGCAUUUCAGAUAUCCCCACAUCCGGGCCUGCUUCUCUUCGAACAUCAGUCAUGGCGGCCGAUUUCCGAGCUUACGUCGAGAUCGUGUUCGAGAACUCCGAGACCAGCGUGCAGUCUUGGCAUAUCGAUGGAUAUAACUUCUGGAUCGUCGGAAUGGAUGGAGGGCAAUGGACACCGGCAAGCAGGGAUAGCUACAACCUAAGAGAUGCAGUAUCUCGUUGCACUGUUCAGGUGUAUCCCAACUCAUGGUCAGCUAUCUACAUGCCUUUGGACAACGUGGGCAUGUGGAACGUCCGAUCGGAAAACUGGGUUCGCCAGUACUUGGGUCAGCAGUUCUAUAUCCGCGUCUACUCUCCGGCGAACUCAUGGAGGGACGAGAAUCCAAUCCCGAGGAACGCCCUUCUCUGCGGCCGGGCGUCAGGCCGUCGAACGAGGCCACUCUGGUGAAGCACAAGCACAGGCAUCUUCGCUGACACGAUCUCUCUUCUCUCUCUUGCCAGCUUCUUCCAUUGAUUUCUUCUUGGAUUUUUAGUUCUUACUGUUCUUUGUACUACUUCCAAUCUCUCUCAGUCAUCUCAAAUACUAUGAAUCUCCGAUUAUUUCA